AUGUGUCUCAUAUUUACGUGCGGCGAGCACACGUUCCGCAAGGAGGUGGAGGGAUACGAGGGCAUCGUGUGUCGCUGCUACAACUGCGGCAACUACUCUGGCUCCGUCAUCAAGACCCACCCCUGGUUUACAUUCUGCUUCAUCCCCGUCGUCCCUCUCUCCAUCCACGGCUACGAAGACGUCAGCUGCCGCAUCUGCAACUUUGCGCAGCCCCUUGAGCACCGGCCCGACGUUCAGGCCAUGCGCCACGGCGGCAGCGGGGUGCCGUUACAACCGCAAGCCGGGGACUCGCCAUUCCCCGCCGGUUCUCCGGGUCCGCAAGGAACACCAGGGCCCCAAGGAACACCAGGGCCCCAAGGCUGGGCCUACCAAAGUCCGCACCCGAACGAGCCGAUGCGGUACGGUUGA